AUGUCACCUACGAUUACACAACAGGCUGCAGAGAACGGAUGGGAGAGUAACGUCUGCAUUGCUCACCGUCUUCAGACUGCAAUUCGGCAUGCCCUUGACUUGGAUGUCGUAGCGAAAUUGCUGUCCCGGUGUAGAAAGCUUGUUGGGCAUUUCAAGCACUCCUGUCUGGCUGCGGGAGCGCUGGAAAGCAAGCAGCGCCAGCUGAAUGCUGAUGCACAGCCGCUGAAGGUAAUCCAGGACGUGCCAACACGCUGGAAUUCCGCAUAUUACAUGAUCGACCGCCUCCUGAAGCUGCGUGUUGCGUUGACUGCAGUGCUGUGCGACAGCAGCAUCACGUCCAAGCAGACUGACCGGGACUUGCUGCUGAAGGACAACCAGUGGAAGCUAGCGGAGCAGCUCGUCCACAUCCUGGAGCCUUUUGAGAGCGCAACAUCCACCAUCAGUGGCCAGAAGUACGUGACGCUCUCACUACUUUUCCCCAUCACAUGCCAUCUCCUUUCGGUCAUGGAGGGUGAGCAUGCAAAGCCUCUGACAACAGCUGCCAAGUCGGUGGCUGCAAAGCUGAAGUCGGAGCUGAUCCGCAAAUUCCCGAAUGUGUCGUGCCCUUUGCCGACGUCGAUGCCCGUAGUGUGUGCUGCACUUGACCCGCGUUUCCGGUCCCUCCAGUUUCUGGAUGACGAUAAAGCAUCUGCAGCAAAAGAUCACGUGAAAUCAUUGCUUGCAGAGAGUGCGGCCGUGACCAGCGCAAGUGAGCCACCUCGCAAGAAGGCAUGCGUGACGUCUGGUGGACUGUCCCGCCUGUUUGGUCGCAGUCAACCAAGCAAGGACGUCCCAUCCACCACCAAUGCUGAUGCUGAAACUCGGCUCAGAGACAGGGAAGUAGAGCUGUUCUUCACGGAAGAUGAUCUGGAUGUAGAUGACAGCCCCCUGGAGUGGUGGAGAAAGAAUGAGCACCGCUUUCCUGGUCUCUCAACUCUCGCCAGGAGAUACCUCUCUGUGCUCGAGACGUCAGUGCCAUCUGAGAGAAUCUUCUCUGCUGCUGGUCGGCUGGUGACCAAGCUCUGCAAUGGCUUGUCCCCUGCGCACAUCGACGCGUCCAUCUUCCUGUCCGUCAACAGCGUAUUGCCUGGGGCUCGCUACCAGAAGACAAGCUCAGGAUUGAAUUCAUUGAGCUUGGCCGAAGAGCUGGAGGAAGAGGAACUGAGUCUUCCAGAGUUGCCAUCACUGUCUGGAGAGAUCUCCGAUGACGAGUAA